CGACAUGCUAAUAUGUGGUAAUGAUAUUCACAGGCUAGUAGACUUCUUUACAUUAUAUUCUUCAAUAAUUAAAUUUUAUUCUGAAUAGAAGUUAAAUGAUAAUGUUGGGAAAUCAGUUUGAGUGAAGAUGUUAAUUUUAGUUAAUCCAUCAACUAACUACGGCUCAGAGCCUAACCUCUGGUGUUUUCUUCUGCUGUACCUAUUGAUGCAUAAAUUAAUUUUAAUUAACUGAACAUGAUCUGCCAUAGAAACAGAAUUUUUAUAAAGAGAAUUAUUUUUCAAAGAUGCAUACAUACUACACCAAUUUUUAGAAAAUGUCAUAAUGUUGAAGAAAUCAAGAUCCCGGUACCUUGGGGGCAUAUAUCAGGGAAAUGGUGGGGAAAGAGAAAUAUUCAGCCUAUUAUAGCUCUUCAUGGACAACAAGACAAUGCUGGUUCAUGGGAUCCAGUGUGUGAACUGUUACCGGAUGAAUAUUCUGUACUUGCAAUUGACCUUCCAGGUCAUGGAUAUUCAUCAUGCCUGCCCCCUUUUCAAAAUUAUUCCCAUAUUGACUUUGUAGGAAUUUUAAGAAGAAUUAAGAAACAUUUAGGCAUGGAAAAAAUGCACCUUUUAGCACAUUCUGAAGGUUCUGCUGUUUGUUUUUCUUAUGCUACAAUCUUUCCAGAAGAUGUUAUAUCAUAUUUUGGUGUUGAUUAUCUAACAAAUUGCUAUGAAAAUGAAACAGAUAAAGUUGAUUCUUUAAGUAAUGUUAUUGAUGAAAAAAUUAAGUACAGCUUAAGAGAUAAUGAAUUAUCAAAAACAAGAUCUUGGAACGAAUGUAAACAAACUUGGGUUAAUGCUUUUCCAUGGUCGCUGAACGAAAAAUCAGCAGAAAUAUUAAUGAAGAGAGGAGUUGUCAGAAUGGCUGAUGGAAAAUACAGAUUUAGUCGAGAUCAACGCAUGAAGGCUUAUGAAGCUUGUAUAUUUACUCCUGACCUAGUCAUCAAAUUAGCUGAGAAAAUAAAAUGUCAUGUCCGACUGGUCAAAGCAACAGGCAGUCAACUUUUUGAUUCUGGACUCAGGUAUUGCCCUGAUAUCUUUGAUAUAAUUCAGGAAAAGGCAAAAUCAUAUAAGUUGUACAACAUACAGGGAGAUCACCAUGUCCAUAUGGAUGAACCAGACAAAAUUCUUUCUUUGUUCCUUGAACUUCAUAGAAAACCUUAGAUGAAUAUUUGAUUGGUAAGAUAAAAGACCAAGUGAAGUUAUUCAAAACAAUGAUUAUCCUUUUAUUAAGAGAAACAUAAUUUUAUGUUUUUACUUCUUGGUUUGACAAUUUAAGCUUUUUCUAAUAAUUUGAGAACUUGAUUGUCAUAAAUAAAUAAUCCCUCCAAAUAAUAUUGAUAAUUUAUAUAUGUAUUUUAAAUAAUCUUAUCCUGUUUAAAGAAGAU